AUGAAGUCUAUCACUAUCUUCGUUGCUGCCGCAUUCUCUUUCGCCACAUCGGUUUAUGGGCAUGGUUAUAUGACUAUUCCACACAGUCGCAGUCGUCUUGGAGCUGAGUCUGGAAUAGAUACAUGCCCUGAAUGCGCCAUCUUGGAGCCCGUAGAGGCCUGGCCUGACCUCACUGCUGCUCCUGUUGGCCGAAGUGGUCCUUGCGGAUACAACGCUAGAGUCAACGUCGACUACAACACCCCUGCGAACACUUGGGGCUAUUCUCCUGUUGUCACUUACACUGCCGGCUCUACCGUCGACGUUGAGUGGUGUGUCGACCACAACGGUGAUCAUGGAGGGAUGUUUGCCUACCGCAUCUGUCAAGAUCAGGCCAUCGUCGACAAGCUGAAGACUCCUGGCUACAUCCCCACUGCUGCUGAGAAGCAAGCGGCGGAAGAUUGCUUCGAGGCCGGUACACUCAAAUGCACCGACGUAUCUGGCCAGUCCUGCGAGUUCAGCGGCGAUUGCUCCCCUGGCCAGCCUUGCUGGCGCAACGAUUGGUUCACUUGUGCCCCCUUCGGCAACGGCAGAUGCCAGGGAGUUGACAAUUCUCGUCUUGGAUCGUGUUACACCAGCAUUGCUGGAGGCUACACCGUCACCAAAAAAAUCAAAAUCCCCAACUACAGCUCCAAGCACACUCUUCUCUCCCUCCGCUGGAAUUCUUUCCAAACCGGACAGAUCUAUACGUCCUGCGCCGAUAUUGCCAUCACCGGAGGCUCAAACGGUGGCUCCCCAUCCUCUACUACAUCAUCGAGCGGCCCUGUCAUUACAUCUCCUACCUGCUCCACCGUAUCCGUUACCUUCAACCACAAAGUUUCUACAGUUUACGGCGAAUCCAUCAAGCUCGUCGGAUCCAUUCCUCAACUCGGCUCAUGGAACCCCUCCUCCGCUGUUCCCCUCUCUUCCUCGGGAUACACUAGCAGCAACCCCUUGUGGUCAAUUACAGCUACCCUUCCCGCCGGUACAUCAUUCCAGUACAAGUUUAUCAAGGUGUCCAGCAGCGGCGCCGUCUCUUGGGAAAGCGACCCCAACAGGUCGUACACUGUCCCAUCCAGCUGUGAUUCCCCAGCCAUCGCGUCAAGCUGGCGCUAA